ACUCUAAACAAUGAAACCGGUUUUCUGACAGUAACACCUAUACGACUCUCUCUCUCUACCAGCGCCCAUGGUUUACCAAGCCGCCGUCGAAAUCACACAAAAAACCCGUGUGUCUAAAAUGUAGACAGAACCAGAUUCCACCUCCUGAAAGUAAUUUUUAUCGCACACGUCGCUUUCCUCUCUCAGGUACUCUAGCUCAAUCUAGACCAUGUAUCAAACUUCCAUUCAAUAUAUAUACCUUUCAUUCCUUCAAAUUAGUCAAUGACUUCAACACAUAUACCAAAUCCCAAAAAGACAAAGUGCUUAUGGUUAUUUUAUUAGAACACUUCCACUAUUGCUUUUCAACCCAACUAAGAAGAACCCAAUUAGCCUCAAGAAUCAUAAUUGCCCAUGCCACGUGGCAAAAUUCCAUCAAAAGCCACCCCUACGAAGCUAGCACCCCACUUCGUUUUCUUCCCGCUCACUCUACAACGGUUUCUUGUUCCUCUACGUUUCUAGGAAACUCCGCCACUUUGUUUCUUUGCUUUAUUCUAAAGUUUAGAAUAAGAGAAAAAUCCAUUUCCUAAUGAGACCCAAGAUCAAUCUCAGCCGUCCGAUCAUUCCCUUUCCUUGUCUAGUAGUACUACUACUCCUCCUCUCGCUGCCUCACCACAGUGCCAAUGCACAGUCAGGCACAAAUUCAACAGUCAUUCCGCCCGCCGACGUGAAUUUUGACCAUCCCGCGGCGCUGAUCAUCGUGUUCAUCGUGUGGGCUUCCUUCUUCGUGGCUUUCUUUUGCAUCUUCCUUACUGAUUGCGUAGACACAGGCGCCGGUCCAGUCAAUUCCGCGAACCGGUCUAGUAACUGUGGCCUAGACCGGGCCGUGAUCGAGGCCUUCCCGAUCUUCGAGUUCAAAAAUCUCAGAACCGUGAAAGUAACAGCAACAACGCUCGAGUGCGCGGUGUGCUUGGGCGAGUUCGAAGACCACGAAACGCUGCGUUUGUUGCCCAAGUGCAGCCACGCGUUCCAUCCCGAUUGCAUCGACGCUUGGCUAGCUUCUCACGUGACGUGUCCGGUUUGCAGAGCUAAGCUUACGAAGAAUGAUACUACUACUACUACUACUGCGGCUACUACUACAACAACGGUGGAAUCAACCGAGUCGACUCAGGAAACUGGUGGGGUUCAAAACGACCACGUUGUGAUCAACGUCGGCGACGACGACGACCCACCGAGGGGGAAAUUCUUGAGGUCGCACUCGACGGGUCACUCACUGAGUCAACCCGGCGUAGAGAUUAACACGGAGAGGUACACCCUGAUAUUGCCAGAGGAGGUGACGAAGCAAAAGCUCAGGCGCUCGAGUAGUUACGACGUCGUUUUCUGCGCAGUAGAGAGCUUGAGAUACACACCGCCGUUUGUUUCUAUUGGGGGUUCCGGUAAGUUAACGGGCGGUGAAGGAAGCGCAAAGGGAUUCUUCACGUCCGUUAAGUGGCCGUUACAUCGGCUUGGUGUAAAGGCUGGGGGACCCGAAGAUUUGUCGGCUACGUCUCCGGUUUGAUUGUGAAUGAAAAUUGUAGGCUAGUAAAAACUAUUGUGUUCAUUAUAUUUUACUCAUAGUUAUCACUCACUUUG